CAUUUUAACAGAGACAACAGGGAGGCUCUUCAGUAUUUGAAGAAUUUCAGGCCUCAAAAUGAGGAGGCAACUCACAUCAGAGUCCUGCUGUACGGCCCAGUCGGUGCGGGGAAGUCCAGCUUGAUCAACUCCGUCAACAACGUCCUGCAGGGCAGAAUGACCCAUGAAGCUCUGGCCAGUUCCACAAACUCUGGUCAAACUUUCACCAAGAUUUACAAAACCUAUAAAAUCAAGAAAGAAGGCAGAGGGAACUUUUAUCCGUUCGUGUUCAAUGACAUCAUGGGUCUGGAGGACGGAGAUGGAAGAGGAGUCAGAACAGACGACAUCAAACUGGCCUUGAAGGGACAUGUGAAGGAUGAAUAUAAGUUCAAUCCUGUAUCUCCUCUUUCUGAUGGUGAUCCUGGCUACAUCUCUUCUCCGUCCAUCAGUGACAGAGUUCAUGUUCUGGUCUGCAUCUAUGACGCUAAUGCACCAGAAAUGAAGCAGGAUGUUUUAAAGAAGAUGAAGGAAAUCAGAGAAGCAGCCAGUGAUCUGGGAAUCCCUCAGCUUGCGAUUCUCAGCCACGUUGAUGAAGUCUGUCGUGACACAGAAAGAAAUCUGAAAAAUGUCUACAAGAGCAAACAUUUAAAGAAAAAGAUGGGUGACUUCAGCUCCAGCCUGGGGAUCCCAAUGAACUGCAUCCUCCCAGUGAAGAACUACAGUCAUGAAACU